AUGUAUUUGGCGUUCGCCGUAGCGGUCGAGGUAGUAUCAGCGGAGUAUUUGGACCAUGCUUGCGUGAGGGAUGAGGCUGUGCACAGGGACACCAGGCCAGAGCUGCGGCCUACUUCUCACAAGAGCCGGUCUCUCGACUGCAAGAUCUGUGAACACAUUGCCACCAUCAAAUCAGCAUCUUUGGGCAUCAGGUAGAUCCAGGAGCAUGAGCAGGACUUUGAGCUGCGGGAGCAGAUGUCUGGGUAUAAGCGCAUGCGGCGACAGCACCAGAAGCAGCUGAUCGCCCUGGAGAACAGGCUAAAGGCCGAGAUGGAUGAGCAUAGGCUCCGGCUGCAGAAGGAAUUAGAGACACAUGCGAACAACACUUACAUUGAGCUGGAAAGACUGGCCAAACGGCACGCUGCUCAAACAGACAAAGAGAUGAAGUCAGUUGCAGCAGAAGAAAGGCGGAUCCAGCAACAGAUUGUUGCUCAGCAAAAGAAAGAGCUGACUUCUUUCUUAGAGAACCAGAAAAAGGAAUACAGGAUUUGCAAAGAGAAGAUCAAGGAUGAGAUGAAUGAGGACCCUUGUACACCCAAGGAGGAAAAACAGGAGCGUCUGUCGAGGCACAAAGAAACAAUGCAGCGCUCUCAGGCUGAGGAGGAAGCUCAUCUUCUGGCCCAACAGAGGCUGGUCUACGACCGGAGCUGUAGGGCCCUGAAACGCCGGAGUCUGGUCAGGAGGCAUGAGUUUGAACAGGAGCAACUAAGAGAGGAGCUGAACAAGAAGAGGACCCAGAAGGAGAUGGAACAUGCCCUGAUGAUCCGGCAGGACGAAUCCACCCAGGACCUGGAGCGCCGGCAGCUGCAGAUGCUACAGAAGCUGCGUAUUGAACUCAUCCGGCUGCAGCACCAGACCGAGCUCGAAAACCAGGAGGAGUACAACGGCCGGCGGCAGAGAGAACUGCACAGGAAACACACUCUGGAGCAGCGGCAGCAGCCCAGAAACCUCAAGACGCUGGAGAUGCAGAUCAAGAAACAGUUCCAGGAUACUUGCAAGGUGCAGAACAAGCAGUACAAAGCUCUUAGGAACCACCAACUGGAGGUGUCUCCCAAAGGCGACCACAAAACCAUCCUGAAGGGCCUGAAAGAGGAGCAGACACGCAAGCUGGCUGUACUGGCUGAGCAGUACGAACAGAGCAUCAACGAGAUGAUGGCUUCACAAGCGAUGCGACUAGAAGCAGAGCAGGAAACAGAGUGCCAAGCUCUGAAACAGCAGCUGAAGCAAGAGAUGGAGCUCCUGGACGCCUACCAGAGAAAAACCAAGUCACAGAUGGAGACCCAACAUGAGCGAGAGCAGCAGAAACUUGAGCAGAAGGUCUCCAUACGGAGAGCGCACCUUGAACAGAAGAUUGAAGAGGAACUGGCCGCACUUCAGAAGGAACGCACCGAAAAGAUCAAGCACUUGUUGGAACGUCAGGACAGAGAAAUUAACGGUUUUGACACAGAAAGUAGAAGCCUCGGCUUUGGAAGCCUGGGAUCUCUGGACUUCCCCAAAGAAGACAACAGAUGA